CCGGGCCGGGCCUCCAUGCCGACAGGGGGAGCCACAGCCGGAGCCAGAGCCACAGCCCGAGCUGAGGCAGGAGUUCCCCGGGCCGGGCCGGGCCGGGGGCCAGGGCAGCGAUGUGGGGUGGCCCGGUGGUCGCGGUGCCGCGGUGGUGCCGGGCCCUGCGCAGCUCCGCAGCCCUCGGCGGCUCCAGGAACAUGCUGCGGAAAAUGUUCCGCAAGAAGAAGUAGAAAGAAGUUCUGGUAUGACAGCCCUACCCUGGGAUCACAAACGUUGUAUAAACCAACCAACUUGGACUUUGUAAUAAAAAAUGACUUAACACAAACAAGGAAGGAAGGUAACAUGCGCUGCAGAGUCUUGAAUGGUCUUAUUCAUAAAGCUGUGUUAGAGAUGGCGACUACCUGUGAAGUCAGUCAAGAAUUUUAUGAUCUCAAGCUGGAAAUCUGCAAGGUGUCCCUGUCAUCCAACUUUUCAGCGUGUCGUGUGUACUGGAACCCUGCUUCCACUAUGGAGAAGGAAAGUUAUGUUGAAAAUGUGCUGCGAAAGAGCGCUCCACGUAUACGGUAUCUUCUGAAAAGCCAGCAGAUUGUAGGAAAUGUACCCCCAGUGGUAUUUAUAAAAGACAAGGAAGCUGCAGCUGUAAAAGAGGUCGAGGACUUACUGGCAAUUGCUGAUUUUGGACCUCCAGAAGAAGUAGAACCAUCUCAGAAUGAUUCAAGUAAACUCUUCCCUUCAACAACUCAGUCUUCAGAUUCACCCAUGCGAUCUAAUCUGUUUGGUAUUGAUCAUGAACUGCUGAAUAAACAGAUAAUGGACUAUAAAAAAAUGAAAGUGUCCAGGCAUAUAGAAAACAUUGCCUGGACAGAGAAGCAGCAGCAGCAGCAGCAGCAGCAGCAGCUUUCUAAGAUUCAAAAGAAAAUGAAAAAGAAAAAAACAAGGAAUCUUCCUGACGAUGACGACCUAAUGCCACAGAAACACUUACUGGAUGGAUAUGAAGCUGAUUACUGGGAUGAUAACACUGAAUCAGCCACAGACUAUCAGCUGCAGGAUGAAUUGCAGGAAGAGGUGAAUGAAUUGGAGGUGGAUGAUGACAAAACUUUACAACAGUCUACUGAUAAACUGAAAUAAAGUGAAAAGGUCACUCACUUCAAAAUGAAGGCUGUCAAAAACAAACAAAAAAAAAGACUGCUAUAGCUACUGAAAGAUUUAUUUUGUACAUGUUUACUUCCUCAUUCAAACUUAUAGAUUUGCCACAUAUGAGCAGGUUUGCUAGCACAAAGUGUGUAAGAAAAACUGCCAAUAGUGACAUUCUGUUAAGCAGCUUUCAAGCUGCUGCAGUUGAAGGGACUUUCAACCAGAGAGCAGUUUUGUAAUGAUAAAAUAUACCUAUUGCAGCACUGAGUUAAAACUUCUUGCAGUUGUGUUAUUUCCAAUAGAAUUAUGAUUUCUAUAUUGCAA